CUGGGAAUAACCGGGCUGCCCCCCCCCAGAGAUACAGUUAUUACUCCUUAUUAAAAAAGCAGCUUCCGGUUCAUCAGCCUGUCUCUCCAGAUCCCAGAUCUAUUCCUGGAAAGAAAAAUGGGAGAUUUGGAGAAAGUGUCUUCAUGUAACCACAGGUGCUCAGCCCUGUGUGACUCCUUGGUGAAGUGGAGCGGGAGGUGCGGGCGCGCACUUGGACUUGCUCCUCGUGUCUGUGCGUGAGAUGAAACCGGUCUACUAUGACUGUGGCUGUACAUUAACUAUGGACGCGCGUAUUCUGGAGUCCAACUCCAGCGGCAACUUGACUCCCGCGGUGUCCGAGGUUGGGACUGUCCUCCCGGGCUACCUGGUGGUGAUCUUAUCGGUGCUGAUGGUGACUCUGGUUGUCGUGGUGGUGGCCGGGAACGCGCUGGUCAUCACAGCUUUUAUUGUGGAUAAAACCCUGAGGAAUCAGAGCAACUACUUCUUUCUGAACCUUGCCAUAUCUGAUUUUCUCGUGGGUGCCUUCUGCAUCCCAGUGUACAUCCCGUACAACCUGACAGGCAGGUGGAUGCUGGGUAAGGGGCUCUGCAAGGUGUGGCUGGUCGUGGACUACCUGCUCUGCACCGCCUCAGUCUUCAACAUCGUCCUCAUUAGUUAUGACCGCUUCCUGUCAGUCACAAGGGCUGUUAAAUACAGAGCGCAGAGAAACAUGACCCGCCAGGCCGUGUUCAAGAUGGUGGCAGUGUGGGUGUUGGCCUUCCUCCUCUACGGCCCUGCCAUCAUCUUCUGGGAGGAAAUCGUCGGCCAGAGCAUCGUCCCGGCCCACGAGUGCUACGCUGAGUUUUAUUACACCUGGUACUUCCUGCUCAGCGCCUCCACCUUCGAGUUCUUCACCCCGUUCGUGACAGUGGCCUUCUUCAACCUCAGCAUUUACCUGAACAUCCACCGCAGGAACAAGAGCAGCGGCGCCUGCGGCGAGGACGAGGCCAAGGCUCAGAGGAACAGCAAGAGGCACAAAGACGGAGGAGCCUGGUCUGUGUUUUUUGUCAAAACGCGGAAGGUGUCGUCCAGCGAGCCGACUGCUAUCUCUGCGGUUAUCGAGGACGACGACGUCCUGUCCCCCUCCUCCAGCGGGGACCCAAACACCAGUCAGAUAUUCAUGCAGAGGGAGAAGUUCUCUCCUAACAGAAAACACUCCAGGCUGUUCCAGCACACGGCGUCCUGCAUGGCGCCUGGCCGCAGAACGCACGGAUCACGCCUCUCCCGAGACAAAAAGAUUGCCAAAUCUUUGGCCAUUAUCGUCUGCACUUUUGGGAUCUGCUGGGCUCCUUACACUCUGCUAAUGAUUAUCCGUGCGGCUUGCAGCGGUACAUGUGUGGCAAACCACUGGUACGAGAUCACAUUCUGGCUCCUGUGGCUGAACUCUGCCAUCAACCCGUUCUUGUACCCUCUGUGCCACAGCAGCUUUCGAAGGGCUUUCUCAAAGAUACUGUGUCCUAAGAGACAAUCGGUGCAGCCUCAGAUGGAGGCUCUGUCCUGUUAGACGAACUCUGUUGCACUACCACGCUUUAUCAAUGCAGUAACUGUCAAACACUGUAAAAAUCCAUAUACUGUUCUUCCAUCAACAACAAAAAAAGACAGAUGUUUGUAUUAAAGAGAGUUGUCGCUGCGCGUGUGACAGCAGAAGGCCAACACCACAUGGUCAUGAACAGUGUGCCAGAAAAGGAAACUGUAGCUGUGAUGUGGUUAAAGGGUCAGUCCAGGUCGUUAGACGUGGGGUUGUGUGAGGUGUUUACCUGCAGUCAGUGUGUAGGAGAUUCAGAUCAGUGUGCUGCCGGUUUAGCACAGCACCAGGGUCAGCAGGAAAACCUGUUUGAGCCACUUUAAAAAACGCCCACAGACAAAAACUAAUACCAGUUGAAGUCUAUGCUUUAUUUUGAAAAUCCUUCACAGUUUUAUCUUUCCGUCAAACAGCCCUUUACUUUGGAAUUACAGUUCGUGAACCCUUGCACAGGCACAACCUCGGCACGCGCCGUAUUACUCCGCGGAUCAGCUGUUAGAGUCAGACAGAGCUAAAGCCGGUAACGCAUCGCCCAUGUUAGUGCAUCUCCCAGCAAGAGGCCGAGAAGAGACCUGUCGAUGACCUUCCACUGCAGUUGUCUCUGUCUACGUCAUGUCAUUCAGUCAUGUCGUGUGGAGACAGAGACAUUUUAGUGACGUAGGAACACGGUGGUUCAACGUUUGAGAAAAUGUAGUUCCAAAGGAAAUGGCUGUUUGACGGCAGAUAAAGUGAAAAUAUUCAAAUUAAAACGAAGACUUUUUCUUCUGUGGGUAUUUUUUAAAAAAAUGUUUAAAACAGGUUUUUGUGGAUGACCUCGUCCACAGUCGCUCAUGCUCCUGCUGCUUCUCUGACCUGAGAGGACGCUGACCUGAAUCUGCUGCAGGCAACUCACUGACUGACUGACAACCUCACGUCUGAUAACCCAAACUGUCCCUUUAAUGACGAGGUAAAGCAGUAAUUAAAGUGCCCCUAAGAGGCUGUGCCUGAUUUUAACAUUUGAACAUGCACCUUAACCUUCACUGUCUCUGUACGUCAGACAGGAAGGAGUGAUGUGGUUUAAUUCUGUAUGUGCUGAAGCCUGUGAAGUGAAGACGUCCACAGGCUGAUCGACCCUGGCGAUCACCAUGAUUUAGUCAGAGAUAUUAUAUGAGAAGUACAUCACACCGAGCUGUUAAACUGAACAGCGGAGGACACAACAACCUCAGACGCUACGCAGCGUUCCACAGAAAACCUUUCAACUCCUACUUAGAUCAAAUUUGACAUGCAGGAGUGAUUUUUUGGUUUUGUAACCUGUGCACAUGAAAAGCCUUUCACUUUCGAGUUCUGAAUUCAUGGCUGUUAAUUUGAGAAAGAAGGUCCUUUUGCUUUUAUCUUCAAAAAGAUUCAAGUUCUUCAUCGUGCAGCAGCAGAACUUCACAGAGUUCAGCGCACCUGAGAAGAAGAGAAUUACCUGUAUGUUUACUGGCUGCUGAGUGGACUUUUAUCACAGUGAUGUUAUUUAUCAUUUUAUCUGAACAGUAGACGAGGGGCACGGUGGAUCAGCUGUUAUCUGCCAACACCGAGUCUGCACUUCUUUUUUGUUGAUGUUCAAAUGUACAGGACUAUAAACUGAGAGCAGCAUUAAAACCUUUUGUACAAUAAUAUCCAUGCCAAGCUAGAUGGUUGUGUUCUUUAAGUGCAGUAUUUAUUCAAAGACUUGACUGUACCACCCAAACUGUGUGUUGGCUGUGAAUGUGUGUCGGUGUGAGCAGCCAACGAAAGAAUAAAGAUAAGACUGACUGACCACAGGUUUGUA